UGCUGCUGCAUUUCCUUCUAGGAUAACUCCAAUCUGUAUAUGGUGAUGGAAUACAUCCCGGGCGGGGAGAUGUUCUCCCACCUACGGCGGAUCGGGAGGUUCAGUGAACCUCACGCCCGGUUCUACGCUGCUCAGAUCGUCCUGACCUUUGAGUAUCUGCACUCACUGGAUCUCAUCUACCGAGACCUGAAGCCAGAGAAUCUCCUGAUAGACCAGCAGGGCUACAUCGAGGUGACAGAUUUUGGUUUUGCCAAGCGGGUGAAAGGCCGAACCUGGACUCUGUGUGGGACCCCGGAAUACCUGGCCCCCGAGAUCAUCCUCAGCAAGGGUUAUAACAAAGCUGUGGACUGGUGGGCCCUCGGCGUCCUCAUCUACGAGAUGGCGGCUGGUUACCCCCCGUUCUUCGCGGACCAGCCCAUUCAGAUCUAUGAGAAGAUCGUCUCUGGCAAGGUCCGGUUCCCGUCUCACUUCAGCUCGGACCUGAAGGACCUGCUCCGGAACCUGCUGCAGGUGGACCUCACCAAACGCUUUGGCAACCUCAAGAACGGGGUCAAUGACAUCAAGAACCACAAGUGGUUUGCUACUACUGACUGGAUCGCCAUCUACCAGAGGAAGGUGGAAGCUCCUUUUAUACCAAAGUGCAAAGGCCCCGGCGACACGAGUAACUUCGACGACUACGAGGAAGAGGAGAUCCGGGUCUCGAUCACUGAGAAGUGCGCCAAGGAGUUUGCUGAGUUCUAGGGCCAGCGGCCCCACCCCGGGAGGGCGCGCGCGGAGCAGGUGGGGGCGGGGUUGGAUUUGAUCAGCAGAAAGACCAGAGUUCCUUGCCUGUGUGUUUUAUUUUUGUGGGUGGGGGGUAGGGAUUUGCCUGGAUCUGGUUUGCGGGGGGAGCGGGAGACCCCUUAUUCUAAACCUGUACUAAGUAAAUGACGGUAGAGAAGGGCAGGAGUCUAAAUUCUCCCAUGCGCACCCCUGGUCCCCCCCACUUGCACAUGCUUCCUCCCCCAUCACAAGCCUGCAGCCCCCCCGAGCAGCUCUCCUCAUCCCCCCUCACCUGGGGUUUAAACAGAUUACUACACACACACACACGCACGCACACACACACACACACACUCAGCUCCCACUGGGUACUUUCCACCCCCUCACACUGAUCGGGUUACCCCCACACUGCCUCUCAGUCCACACGUGCUGCACCCCCACCGUCCUGGCUGGCUUUAUUGGUGGCUUUUAGUUUUUGAAGGGGGGGGGGCGUUUUUUGCCAUCAAAUCCCCCCCAGACCUUCAUGGCUAUUUGCAAAGGCUUCUGGGAGCAGGGUGUGGAGCAAAGAUGCCCCAACACCCACCGACAUGGCAGAAUAACUUUGAAUCCCCCCAAGGGGGAGAAAAAUCCCAGCCCCCCACCACCACUCUGGAAAGAGGAAGAAGGAGGGAAAUCUUGUCUCACUUUAUAAACUUGGGGAUGGGGGGGUUGGGCUCUUUUUUUUUUUUUUUAAUUAAAAAUAAAUUAGUAAAUUAAACCUUACUUUCCGUUGGGGGACGUGGGGGUGUGUGUUGGGUAGGGGGCUAAGAGGUUUUAAAACCCCAGGCGUGGGGCUGGGCUGGGCUAACUUACCCUACAUCAGCCCCCGCCAUCCCCGGUGACACCUCUCUUCCCCUCCCCCCCCAGUGCCAGGAAUUUUAACUCUCCAAGCUUUGAAUGUUUCCAGGUUUUAGCAAGGAAAAAAAAAAGAGAUCCGUUUUUAUUUUUGUUUUUUCAGGUAGAAACUGACCGUAUUUCCCCACCCCCGCUGCUCUCUGCGGGGUGUCUGGUUUGGGGGUAUCUUACACCGGCGGGGGGAGAUCUGGGAGUUGGUUACAGAUUGGGAUGGAGGUGCUGGGAGAGGGAAUCUCCCCGGUGGGUUUUGGAUUUUUAGCUUCCUUUGGAAAUAAAAUGCUGCCUUUUGAAUCUAGGCUGUGAAUGUGAGCGACCCCCUCACCCCCACCCCUUCUUUGGCCUGUCCUCUUGUGUGUCGGGGUGGGGGUUGCAGGUAGGAUCUGGUUCUGGGGCACUUGGUUAUUUUCCCCCAGGUCAGUGGGGGCUUAUACACUCUUCUCCCUCCCUCCCCCCAUAGGCCAAAUGGUGCCCUGCAGAAAUAACCUUAAAGGAUUUUCUGGUGGGGGGAAGGGUUCCCCUUACCCACAACCCGCCUGGGGCUCCUUUCUGCACCUCCGAUUUUAUGCUGUCGAUUUACAUUUUAAGAUGACAAUGCAGGAGAAGAAACCAGAAAAUAGGGUGGGGGGGAAGAGGAGGGUAGGCAGGAACACAGGAUCCCAAUUAGGCCCUGAUCUCCCCCCUCCCCUCCUCCCAACUCUCAACUGGCCCCCCCAGGGAGUGACCCCAUUAGAUCUGUGGUCAGGUUGGAGGGGCGUUAAGCCAUGAUUAGCCCCUCCAAUGUGAGAUCAGCUGAGUGGGGGGGGAGAAAGGGGUGCUGAUACCUAGCCAUGAUCCUGCUUUAUUGGGGGGGGGGGAAGGUGCGUGUGUGGGGGGCUCUUGUUCUAUUCAUUUACUUUUCCUCCUGUCUGAUUCUUGACUUAUCCUCCCUGCCGGCCCUCCCGUCCCCAAAGCAGUGCAUCAGUGUGGUGGUCCUGUUCUAACCCCCCAGCCUGUCUCCCUCUGUGUGUAUUCACCAGCCGGUUGAAUUUCUUGUUUCUCUCCGGGGCGGAAGUGUGUGAGCUUCUUUUGGUUUCAUAGAUAAAUUAUAUAUAUUAUAAAUACAUGAGCGCUGUCAGGAGCGGAGGGGGGGAGCCCUGUGGCUAGCCCUCCCCCUAAAAUCCCCCUUUCCCACAAAGAAGCUCGAGAGUCCCAUCUAGAGGGUGGGGAUAUCAUCCGCCCCGCCCCGGGAAACAUGUCUGUGUCCUCCGACAAAACCUGUUUCACUGGAAAAAACAAAACAACCCCCCCCAACCCCCACUUCCUCUUUAACAGUGUGCUUUGUUGUAAACAUAUUUGAAACAAUUACCAAUAAAGUUUUGUUUAAAAAAAUAAAA